CUGGGGGCUGGGAUGGCGCGAGGCUGUGGGACCAAGCUGUUGACCACUGUGUUCCUGUUGGCCAUGGUCGGGCUGUUUGUCCAGUUGCAGUUGGGAGGCACUGGUGACAACUUCCAGUAUGGCAUCGUGCUGGACGCUGGCUCCACUCACACCUCCCUGUUUGUGUACAAGUGGCCAUCGGGGAAAGAGAACAACACUGGGGUCGUGGGACAGAUGUUCAGCUGCACUGUCAAAGGUCCUGGUAUCUCAGCCUAUGUGAACGACACAGCGGCUGCUGGAGAGAGCCUGAGGUCCUGUAUGGCCAGUGCAGUUGCCCAGCUCCCCGGGAAGAAGUGCAAAUCCACGCCAGUGUAUUUAGGAGCCACUGCAGGCAUGCGGCUGUUAAGGAAGCAGAACCCGAGCGUCUCGGACGCCAUCCUACGGGCGGUGAGCUCCGUCCUGCACUCCUACCCCCUCAGCUUCCGGGGAGCAAGGAUCCUGUCGGGACAAGAAGAGGGAGCUUUCAGCUGGACCACAGCCAACUACUUACUGAGCAACUUCAUCACGUAUGACUGGUUCGGUCACUGGUUGCGGCCGGUGUCUGCGGUCACUGUGGGGGCCCUGGACCUGGGAGGAGCCUCAACACAGAUCAGUUUUGUGCCCGCGGAGACGAUCGAGGUCCCGGGAGAUGCCGUUAGAUUCAGACUGUACGGCUAUAACUACACGGUUUACACACACAGCUACCUGUGCUACGGCAAAGACCAAGCCCUCAAACAGCUCCUGGCUCAGCUGGUGAAGGACAACCCCAAGGUGACCUCUCUAGACAACCCCUGUUAUCCCCGAGGGUAUCGAGUGAACGUGACGAUGGGGGGUAUUUUCGGGAGCCCCUGCACGGAGCAGGGGAGGCCGGGGGGAUCCAGCCCAGGUCACAGCCUCCUCUUCGUGGGCACGGGACAGCCUCACAGCUGCCAGGAGAACGUGCAGAGAAUCUUUAACCUGACUUUCUGCUCCCACUCCCACUGCUCCUUCAACGGUGUUUACCAGCCAGACCUGACCGGCAACUUCCUCGCAUUUUCAGCCUUUUAUUACACAAUGAAAUUCCUGAAUCUCACGGAUCCGAGUCAGAAAUAUUCCGCGGAUCAGGUCAAUGAAACAAUAUGGAAAUUUUGCUCCUUGUCCUGGGAGGAGACUCGCACCUUGGAUCCCACUCAGCAAGAAGACACUCUAGCAAAUUACUGCAGCGUUGCCAACUACAUCUACACCCUACUAACUAAAGGCUACAAGUUUAACGAGACGAGUUGGACCAACGUUGCCUUUCAGAAACAAGCGGGAGAGACGCAGCUGGGCUGGGCUCUCGGAUACAUGCUGAACCUGACUAACACGAUGCCAGCAGAGAUCUCCAGCUCCUCAUUCUCCCUCCAGAUAGCCAUUAUUAGCAUUCUCAGCACCAUUGCGAUUCUCAGCUUUGUGGCUUGUCUGUGCAUCCAGUUACAGAUAAGGGACAAUGGCUACAUGCCCUUGUAAUCUAUUCAUCAAUCAAACGCCCAUGGUUGGAGAUCGUGACCUACCUUAAAACAAAAGAUUUGAUAUUUAUUGAUCUGCCUCUCCCACAGUCCCUUUGCCUUGCUCCUUCCCUUGACUCAUUCAACGCAC